AUGGCGUUACCGGAAUCAUCUGCCUCUGUUUCGAAACUUCCAUCGAAAGAUUCCCUCAAAGAGAGAUUCAGAAUGUUGCAUCAAAAACGUCAAGAGUCUCGUAAAUUAAACUAUCAACAAGUGGUAGAAGAGGACCAUAGGUCGAAAUUGCCGAAAAAUUACGAUUUAAAACGAAAACGUCAAGAAUGGGAGCUUAAGGAGAUGGAAAUGAAAAAGGCUGCUGAGGAGCGAGGAGAAGAUUAUGAAAGAUUAAAAGCUCUGAAAACCCAGGCAGAUUUGAUCGAACGCAAAGAGGCAAUCAAGAGAAGGAAGAAGCCAGACAGAGGCUUUAGUGAUUACGAAGCAAUGACUUUACGUCAGUAUCAAAGAUUGUCUGGAAAUAUUAAACCUGACAUAAAAGCUUAUGAAAAAAUGAGAGAAGUUAUUGGUACUAACGAAUUUUAUCCUGGAGUAGACACACUCAUUUCUGGAACUCAUUAUCCAACCGAUGCUGCCUUAAAUAGGCUAGCAGAAGAUAUCAAAGCACAAGAAAAGAAACGCGAUCAAUAUCAUCGUCGGCGAAUGUUCGAUCCAGAUGCACCAAUCGACUAUAUUAAUGAACGGAACCGUAAAUUCAAUCAAAAAUUGGAUCGUUUUUACGAUAGGUAUACAGAAGAUCUUAAGAGUGAUCUUGAAAGAGGAACUGCUAUAUGA